CGGAAUUACGUUUGAGCAAUCCUAUACUCUCAGAUCUCGAUAACAAUCAAUGAAGCCGCUCGUCAGGCCAGAAGACCUGUCGGUCGUCCUCACCAUCGCGGCCGAUGAUCCCGCUACCGAGUUCUGGAAGGCUCAACAUACAUGUCUACAGUUGGCUGAGCGGACACCAGUCUCGCAAUCACGCCGUAGUACAGAUAGGAAGGAUCUGAUUGCAGCUGUUGGUUGCUAUGAUGGAUCUAUCUGGCUCGUCGACACAGGUGUGAAGAAGCUGGAGGCCCCCACAGCGGUUAUCAAUGUGGAAGAUGCGGAUUCGGUGGGAUCUAGUAAACCGGGAACUCCGGCCCUUUCUAUACGAACCGGAUCGCCGAUGCUAUCCAGAAACUCUUCAUAUACGCUGUUGAAUACUGCAGCCCUAUCUCCUCCUUCGAUAUCCAGAGGAGAUUUGUCGACGUUCAUGGAAGAAGGACAGCCGAGUAAAUCGGGGAGACAUGCGUCGAUAUCGAUAACAUCCCCUACGAACAAGUCGGAAAGCUUUGCAGGGCUCGGGUUCCUGCCCGUCAGGGGUACUUCAGGCAAGACUCGGAGCACCUCGGUCUCCCAGAAUACUGCCACAGCUAGGCUCGCUAGUAUCAGUGCUGCGGACGACAAGGCGUUACGGAUACGCUUGAAAGAUGCCAACCGAGAUUCUGGGGACGAAGCGGCUGGUAGCCUGAUGAAGCUAGUUGGGGACGCGAGAGGAGGUCUAGACGAUCUACACGGGAAGAGCGAGGUGGAGAGAGCCAAACAGGGGAAGACUACGACGAAACCUAGCCCCAGGGAUAUUAGAGUGGCUAUCCCUCCGCCUAGAACAGCUUCAGAGAUUCGAGAAGAAGAAAAGGUCGACCUAGACUAUGCGGAAGCGAUGCAUGAGGAGGCAGAGAUGGAAAAGGUCAGAGAAGCGGUAGAGAAUGCUGAAGAGAGAGCUUGUCGAGAUUGCGGGCCGGAAACCCAUGGUAUCGAGCAAGGGGAUUCACCGAGCAAGCCGUUCCUCGCCAAAAUCUUGCCGACUUCUUACAAGGGGAAUCCAAUUGUUGAAAUUCGGUCGUUAUCCGGCACCUCCAGCUUUGUCGCUCUCAGUAAACGAGGUGUGUGUACCACCAUCGACUUGAGUACAAUGACUUUCGGGGAGACAUUCGAUAUCGAGGAAGCCUGGCGGUCUUUCAGGGGCGAUAACAAGACGAGACCAAAUCUCAAUCCUCCUCAACGAUGGCAGGGACUACUUCCAUGCAGUCUUGGCUCGGAUCGCUAUUUCGUAGCUUAUGCGCACGCUCCGACCGAUAGCGCGAUGGAUCAGGCUAAAGAUCUGACUACGGUAGCCUUGCUAGCCGUAGAUCCGAAAUCGCACGCUCUGUCAGCGGUAGGAUUUAAUACGCUCCCAGGGCAAGGACAGAUCGCGGUUGUGCAAGGAAUCAAAGCUCUAUCACUGCUCCAUCUGAGCAGCGGAAGACUCGAUCGAUAUGCCAUUCACCUUUCCAACCCGGUCUCGGAAGACCCGAAGCUGCGUGCUUCACGGUCUCAGGUGGACCUGAAGUCAUUCUUCACUCCGUUACCGACUCGGCCCCACUCACGUGCUGGACAGGAUGGAGCUGAAAUCGGCAGAAGCCGUGCGGGGAAAGAGGAUACGGGCAAUGCGUCAGACUUCGGAAAGAUGCUCGGCAAGAAGCUGCUCGGGCGUUCAGGAGACAAAUCUCAAGCUGAAAAGCUAGAGACGGUUUUCGUUCUCAGACCUGCCGUUCAAGUACAGUCGGAGGGCCUUCUACCUUGGAUCGCAAUGAAGGUAGACGGGGAAUCAGGUGUAGGAUGGACAGAUAAGGUCUGCCAGCCUUUCUUGGUCAAAGCAGACGGCCUGGAGCUGAAGAGCAAUGUCACAUUGACGGGCGAGAUUUCAUCCGUUGCAAUAUCGGCCGCCGCCUCAUUGAUCACGGUGGCCACGAAGGAGGAAAUUGCAAACUUCGAGUUCGAAUCCGGCAGGAGGCUGCGAACAUCUAGCAAGAUGUCAGGGAUUCGGCCCUCCAUCAUGUCUGUCCUCGCUACUGGUAGAAUGGCUGUUCUGAACGAUGAGCUCUCCCUGAGUAACGCUAGUGCCCAGAUUAUUGGCGCGGCUCCACGUAUCGUGCUUCCCAAGCAAGAUGUUAUGGAUACUGCAAGGUCACCGACCAUUGAUGUCAUUCAGCCCUUCCGGAAUUCCGUGCUGGUUGGUGAUUCCAGCGGCAAACUCUGCGUGCAGUCCUUCUUGGACGUUCUGAACGGAACGACGGCUGGAACUCCACUUCAAGAAGAUUUGGACGCCUUCGAUGCAGAGAUCGCGUGCCUGCGCUUGAUAUCGGAUGGAGCUCUCGAACACGACCUGGUAUUCGCGGGCUUUGACGACGGGUCUCUACGAGUCUGGGACGCGGAGACGUUGCGCCUUAUUGCCUCAUUUACAGUCUCUGCGGAACGUAUACAACAAGUACUCAUCGUGGAGGAUGCUAAAGCGUCACGACUUGCGAACAAGGCCCUUUUAAUCUCUGAAGAUGGAUCGAUCGCAGUUUUCAGCACUCAAGAGCUGCGAGUGCUUUACAUCAUUCCGGGAUCUGAAUACCCGAUUCACCGCGCAGUCUUGCAAAAGGACGAUCUGAUUUUGAUCUCCUUUCAUGGACGAGCAAGAGUGUGGAAUCUAGUUUCUGGGGAAUUCAGAAGAUCUACCUCGGUUGAUGCGGCCGCGGAGAUGCUGGUUAGCGGGGAGUGGCUAGAAUUGCCUCUGGGAUCAAAUCUCGAUCGACGUAGUUCCGAACCGUCUCAAGCUCUGCCUGCGAUGGAGAUGCCGCUUCAUGAAUGGAGUGACUCGGCCAUAUCUCCCCAAGGCUGGAUAUCAUUGCUGCAUGAGAUGGACAUUUCGCAAGCGUCGGAUGAAAUCUUCUCGGAACAGCUCCACUUGAAACCUGCUUCGCGUGCAGCACAUUUCGGACUGAGAAGUGUUGAGGGCUCAUUCGAAUAUCGUCAAAACGGGCGAGAAUCUUGGGAGAUCGGACCACUCCAGACGUUGAUACGUCAGCUUUGCCUCAUCACUGCAUUGCAUCGGCUAGACAGAGUGGACUCAAAACUUGCUGGUGCUGCCCACGAGCUGAUAGCAUUCUAUGGAGCAUCGCUGCCCUCAGCGGUCGGUCACGAUUACGCGGAUAUCGACGUCGACUUGUUGGUUUCCUGGUAUAAUCAUGGAGAUCCCGCCUUGCAACAUUCCGCCCACCUUCUUUUGGAAACCCGCCUUGCCCGGAUGUCGGAUUCUGACGUCAUGGAAUUGGCAGAUGCACAGAUAGGCCACUUGCCAGUCAAUGUGGCUUCCAGCAUGAAGCGCGAUCCGAUAUCGAGUCGGGCGUUGACAUUACUAGGCGCCACCGCCUUGUCAAGAUACACGUUGAUGAAGCCAGGUGCUCUCAAAGACAUCGCUCUGUCGAUCAUGUUCACCUUGAAAGAAGGUACAUUGGCAAGCCGGUUGGCAUCGAUCGACUUUGCGCACAAGGGUUUCGAUAUAUGGCAAGCAUACGUGGAUCCCGCAGACCUGCUACGAUCGUUGUUCGACUUGGCGGUCAUGAAGGAGGAUGACAUAAAAGGUGGUCAUCUCAUGACACAUGCGCGAACGGCGGUCCUGCAAUUGGCCUCAUCAGCGGGACCACUGUUCAUCUCGACAGUCACGUUGGACAUCGUUACGGCCGAGACCAUCCCACGCCGGAACGCGAUCAUGAAGCUAUGCGUCUUUAUCGCGAGGAAGAAGCCGACGAUCCUCCUGCCGAGUCUGCCUCGUCUAGCUGAAGCGGUCGUCAAGUCACUUGAUCCGACUCGAGUACGAAUGCGGGAAUCGAUCCAACAGACCGCGACCGUCAUCUUGAACGAGCUCGUCAGCACCUUUCCGUCUAUUGAUUUCGCGGGCGAGGUGCAGAAGCUGGCCGUAGGAACGCAGGAAGGCGCGGUCAUCAUGUACGAUCUGAAGACCGCGACCAGGCUCUACGUGCUCGAGACGCAUCAUCACCCUGUCUCGGCAUUGUCGUUCUCACCAGACGGCAGGCGGUUGGUGACGGCGUCGCUGGCAGAGCGCAAGGUUACGAUUUGGAAAGUCGGAUCGAGCUUUUCCGGGUUUCUAAAUGUUGGUGGUCCUCCACGACAAGGCUCUGGAUCGGGACAGCCGUUCAAGUCGCUCGACUUUUUCGUAGCAGAUCCAGGGAAGGAGAUUGAUCCUGCUACGGGACAACAAAAGAUCGGCUUUUCGUGGCCAGGAGAUCGACAGGCUUGCUUGCAUAUAGGGCAGAUGAAGCUGACGUUUGCUACGUAACAAACGGGAUCGAUCUGUAUAAACCGUUGAGAGACUAAUCAUGUCGAUCAGGAUACAAAGGCGAUAGAGAAACAUACGCUAACUAAGAACUCGGGCAUGACGUUAUCAUUAUCAUUAAGAGGACGAGACGAGGAGAUGUAGGGCGUGGAUAAGGAGAUUGUCCGUGUGGGAGCCGGCGUGCCAGCUCUGGCCGCGAGCGUUCGCUUGAAGACCCGCUCAAACGAGAGAUGCGCCGAUGAGGACAAGAGCCACUCCGGCGCCGAACACGGUGGCUACCGGUUUGAUCUUUCCCCCCCAGUUUGUCGUAUAAUUGUCGUCCGGUCCCGAAU